AUGCCUUCGACGAAAAAUGGAAAGAAGAGCCUGGACAAGCCGACUAAUAAAGACAGCAUGGUGUUUGACGAGAAAAACCUUACGAACGAAGAGUUAACUGAGGGAAGCAGGGAAUUUUAUCGAGUUCAAAUACGAGAUUUGGAAGAGCGACUAGAAAAGUACCAACAUAAAUGUGACGAGUUAGAGGUUCGAGCGAGGGAUUUCUCCUCUCGCUACGAAGCUUUAGAGAAAGAAAAGAAAGACAUUGUGCUGUUCUUGAAGCGCUCUUUGAACCAGAGGGAGGAUGAAAACGCUGAAAUCUCUGGGCAGCUUAAGAGACUUGAGGAACGCACAGAGAAAGAGAGGGAAUCUUUGGAGAUGCAGCUGAGUCAGCUUCGACAAGAAUUCCAGGAAAACAAGGACAAUCUUACCGCCGAGAACAUGGUCCUUGCUGGGAAACUAGCAGCUUUGGAGGAAUUCCGCAUGCAUAAGGAAAGCCUGGAGGCGCGCCUAGAGGAGUUGGAAAGUCAGUUGGAGAAGGAAAGGCAGGAACAUCAGGAUACCGUUGUUGACAUGGAGAGGAAGGCUCUAAUGGACAAGGACAGGCUGAAGAAAGAAAUGGAGCAACACGUGGCUACGGUGGCAGCAGAGCUCCGUAACGUGUCAGACAGAAACAUGCCUGAGACCACGAAGAGAGCGAUUCGCGAAAAUGUGGUCGUUACAGGCGAACUGCAGCAGCUCUCCACCUCGUUGAAAGAACUUCUGAAAGAGAACGAAGCUCUGAGAACGAGAGAAAAACAGCUCAGGCAAGAGAAAGACCUGCUGGAGCCAAUGUUGAAUGAGAUGACAAGGAAGAAUCUUGGCAAUCAAAAGGUGAUGCAUCUGCUGACGGAGAAGUGUAAACAGAUGCAAGCUGAGCUGAAGGAGUGCUCUCAGAGUCGUGAGGAGUACAGACGGCUCUCAGAAGCCCACUCUGCUCUACAGACGGAGCAUGAGUCUCUCAGACUGAAGCAGGCCUCUACGCUGGAGGAGUUGGGCAGGAAACAAGCUGAAGCUGAGAAACUGAGGAAGGAAUUGGAGGGAGAGAGGACUCUCCGAGGGCAGCUGGAGACACUCGUCGAAGAGGCAGCCAUGGUUCUUAAAGAAGUCUUGAAGGAGGAGCCAAAAGAGGAAGAUUCAGAGAUUCAGUCUGUGGUUCGGCGUAGUCAGCUCACACAGAGGCUCCUGGCGGUGCUGAACGCUGCGUUGGGAAAGGACUCCGCCCACUCUGACUCUGUCCAUGAGGCACAUCAUCAUCACAAGACGGAGCCCACCGCAGAGAAGUAUAACAUCCUCUAUUCUGGCCUCAGUGCACUGGGCUCUCACCACACACAGUGUUAA